AUGGCUGGUGGCUCGGAAAUCCCCAUUCCGCCAUUGGCCCCGAAGCCAAGCCAGGGCGAAUCCUUCCCAUUUGAGUUGACACAUCUUGGCCUGCGCGCGCUCGUAUCGCCCAGCUCGGGCUACUGGAAGCUAAGGCACAUUAAAAAUGGCGUUGGAGACGGGCCAACAGCGAGUCAGCCAGAGUCAGGUAAGCAGGACGAGGUGGACGUGAGAAAGGAAAGGAAAGGAGGCAACCACAACUGA